AUGCCGCGUUCUUCGCGUACGCUCGAAAUAGGGGCACUACCGAUUGAACAACCAAUUUACUGGCAUUCGCUCGUAAAAGGAUGUGCGGAACAAGGAAAUGAGCGCGCGAGCGGUGGUACCGAUGGGGCUCUCUGGGGUACGGAUGAUAUAUGUUUGCUAUGGAAAAAUGUGCAGCUUUCAAUGGAAAAUACUGAAGCAGAUCGCAUUUUAGUACAGUAA